AUGAUCUCCGACGACGAACUCUACAAGCUGGCCGUAUUUCUGGGCUCAGCGGCCAUGAUUCUCAUCGUCAUAUACCAUUUUGUUGAGGUCAACACAACCGAUGAGGCAGCGGAGAAAGCACAAAGGACACCGGCGACGGCAGGCAAGCAAGCAGCAGCACUGAAGUGA